ACGCACUUUUCCUUACAGCAACACUUCCGGUUUGUGAUGACUGUCAAUACAAAAAGAUCUAGAAUCAUCAGAAGCCGGAGACAGGAGCAAUAAGGAGAGUUUGUUCUCAGAUUCACAGAAAUCAUCAGUGUAUAAUGGCGUCUUAUUUUGAUGAGCAUGAUUGCGAACCUUUAAAAGAUGGAGAACAACCUAAUCACAUGUUACACAUGGCAAGACUUCUCCUGGACAGUGGAAUGGCAGCUGAAUGGGAUUUAGAAUAUGGCAGGGUUUUUGGAGGAGAGGGAAAAAUUCCACCUGCUUCAAAGAAAGUUGUAGAAUCACUACCUACUCAUCUUGUAACACCUGCAGAGGCGGGCAAGUCACUGUGACCAAUAAACAUGUUAAUGUGGAUUAAACAAAGUACCAGUGAAAACACUUGAUCAAAAGCCAAGUUAGAUUGUUUAUACGAAUGCUAGUCGUUUCGGUAACAAGUGGUUUUGGCCCGGGAGUCCAGAAGUCGUUUCGGGACAAAAUUAAGUCGUUUCGGGACUUACUCAAGUCGUUUCGGGACAUAGAAAAAAAACAAUCAAAAUAUAAAUGAAUGUUACAAGUUCCAUUUCUCUUUCCCAUUUCGUAAAAAUCUGUGUAAACACAGCUUUCGUCGUAGCCUUUCAGCAAUGACAUCACGAUCUAUGUGUACACAAGAGUACGCAUAUGGCGGCUUCAACCUACCCAUGCUUGGGAUUUAGUUUUGCCAAUUAGCGCCACGCUUAGAUUGCUGAAGGGGGUACCUGCCAACAUUAACCUGAUUGACAACAUGUUGUUAAUUUGAUUAAACUAAUCCCAUUAUUAAUUAGAGAGGAACGAACACCAAGUACCGAACCGAACGCGCGGUCAAUAUCAAUUAAUCAAUCAAUUAUUUUUACAUAAUUUCAUUCGUUAUUUAAGGUUCCUUGUUUGAUAUCGUGAUAACAUGUUUUCGUUUUACUCUUUUCCCUAUUUAAUGCUGCCAACUUGAUCAAGUUUCCCUUUUUACAGAAGUACUAAUUUGACAGUAAAUUCUGCAUAUAAAAAGUAUCAAAUUUUACAAUAUAGACUAGUAGGGUGUGUUUUUGUAACCCUCAUUGUUGAAACUAUGAAAACAGUGAUCUCCUCACUGAGGUACUCGGAUCUGGAACAU